CUCUCUCUCUCUCUAAAACACACAGUACACACACUAAUAAUGGAAAUUUCAAAACAAGUUCCAAUUUUCCAGUAAAAAAACCUCAAUAAUUCAUCUCUUCAAUACUACCAAAAAAAAAAAAAAAGUCUAGAUUCUUGAAAAAAAAAAUCAAGAAAUUGAAAAAAAAAACCAAUCUUGAUUCUUGAAAAAAAGAAAGAAAUGCAGAACCCACAAAAAUCUCUCUUCUCUCUCUUCCUGGUAACUCUGUCAUGUUCAAAUUACUUCAUAAACUCAGCUUUCGGAAACGCAGAGGUGAGAGCGUUGAUGGAGAUCAAGUCGUCUCUGGACCCAGAAAACAAGUACCUAUCCUCGUGGACGGCCGACGGCGACCCGUGCGGCGGCGCGUUCGAGGGAGUGGCCUGCAACGAGCACCGGAAAGUGGCCAACAUAUCCCUGCAGGGAAAAGGGCUCGCCGGAAAAGUGCCGGCGGCGGUGGCGGAGCUGAAGUGCUUGUCGGGUCUGUACUUGCACUACAAUUCGUUGAGUGGGGGAAUACCGAAGGAGAUUGCUAAUCUCACCGAGCUCACCGAUCUUUAUCUCAAUGUCAAUAAUUUAAGUGGGAUUAUACCUUCUCAAAUUGGAAGCAUGGCUAGUCUUCAAGUGUUGCAGCUGUGUUGUAACCAUUUGACAGGGACAAUACCAACAGAAAUGGGCUUCUUGAAAAAACUAAGUGUUCUUGCAUUAGAAAGCAAUAAAUUAACUGGCCAAAUUCCUUCAAAUUUAGGAGAUUUGUUGUUGCUAAAAAGGCUUUAUUUAAGCUUCAAUUAUCUCUCUGGUCCAAUUCCUCUCACAUUGGCCAAUCUUCCUUCAUUACAAGUUCUUGAUCUCCAAAACAACUCACUUUCCGGUGUCGUCCCUUCCGGUUUGAGGAAGAUGAGUGAAGGGUUCAAUUUUGGUAACAACCCUGGUUUAUGUGGCAAUGGCUUCUCUUCUUUGAGAAAUUGCACCCCUUGGGACAACCUUAAUAAUGACAUCACUCGGAAUAAUUCGUCGGUAAUUAUAACGAAUAAAACAUCCCCUGCAAAUAUACCCCAAUCAGCCGCUUUCCCGCUACCUUGCAACCAAUCGCAUUGCGCCAAGUCGUCAUCAUCGAAGUUGCCGCAAAUCGGAAUAGUCGCCGGAGCAGCCGCACUCGCCGCCACAAUAAUAACCGCGUUUGUUUUCGUCGCUAUUUUCCGUCGGCGCCGACGGAAACAGAAAAUUAGCAACAAAUCGGAUUCUUGCGACGAAAUUCUUAGCGUCGACCGGGGGGCGAAGGAUUUCUACAAGAGAAGUCCGUCACCUCUUGUUUCUCUUGAGUACUCCAAGGGGUGGGACCCACCGAGUCUUGAUAGUGGGUUUAGGUUUAACUCGUCGGAGGUGGAAUCGGCGACUCAGCAUUUCUCGGAGGGGAAUCUAUUGGGGAGGAGCAAAUUCUCGGCCGUUUAUAAGGGGAUGUUGAAAGAUGGAACGACGGUUGCGAUUAAAAGUAUUAAUAAGACGAGCUGCAAAGCGGAGGAGGACGAGUUUUUGAGGGGAUUAAGGUUGUUGGAUACUAUGAGGCAUGAGAAUCUUGUUAGGUUGAAGGGGUUUUGUUGGUCGAAUGCUAGGGGUGAGUGUUUCUUGAUUUACGAAUUCGCGACGAAGGGUAAUUUGUCUCGAUAUCUCGACGUUGAAGAUGAUCGCAGUGAUGUUCUUGAUUGGCCUACUAGGGUUUCUAUCAUCACUGGAAUUGCAAAAGGUUGGUUCAUUCUUUAUCCUAUUUUGAUCAUAUAUAAUUAGGGAUGAAAAUUGGAACGUAAUUUUCGAUUUCCGUUGAUUACGAUCCAAAAUUUUUCGAUUCUGAAACAAUAUUUUUCAUUCCGAAAUUU